CAUAGCUCCUCCUCCUCCUCCUCCUUCCUGCUCUCGAACGAAAGUCUCUGAGAGGUAAAAUGGCGCAGCGAGGAGUUCAGCUGGACCAGGACAAGCUCUGCUGUUCGAUCUGUCUGGACCUCCUGAAGGAUCCAGUGACUAUUCCCUGUGGACACAGCUACUGUAGGAGCUGUGUUGAAAACUACUGGGAUGAAACUGAUCAGAAGAAGCUCCACAGCUGUCCUCAGUGCAGACAGACAUUUGGACCGAGGCCUGUCCUGGUGAAAAACACCAUGCUGGCAGAUUUAGUGGAGGAACUGAUGAAGACGGGACUCCAAGCUGAUCACUGCUAUGCUGGACCUGAAGAUGUGGCUUGUGAUGUCUGCACUGGGAGAAAACUGAAAGCUCUCAAGUCCUGUCUGCAGUGUGUGGUCUCUUACUGUGAGCAGCACCUCCAGCCUCACUAUGAAGUUACUCAAUUAAAGAAACACAAGCUGAUCGACCCCUCUAAGGAGCUUCAGGAGAACAUCUGUACUCGUCACAAUGAGGUGAUAAAGAUUUUCUGCCGCACUGAUCAACAGUGUAUUUGUAUUCUCUGCUCCAUGGACGAACAUAAAGGCCACGACACAGUCUCAGCUGCAGCAGAAAUGGCCAAGAGGCAGAAAGAGCUCGGGGCGAGUCGACAGAAGAUCCAGCAGAGAAUCCAGAACAGAGAGAAAGAUGAGAAGGCGCUUCAGCUGGAGGUGGAGGCUAUCAAUCGCUACGCUGAUGAAGCUGUGAGGGACAGCGAGAAGAUCUUCAUGGACGCGAAGAGACAGAUCAGAUCUCGUCAGAAAUCGGAAGUGAGUCACGUGAACGGGCUUCAGGAGAAGCUGCAGCAGGAGAUCGCCGAGCUGAGCGGGAAAGACGCCGAGCUGGAGAGCCUCUCGCGCGCGGCGGAUCACACCCGGUUUCUGCACAGCUACGCCUCGCUGUCGCGUCUCGCCGAGGCUACAGAGUCGCCCAGCGUCACGAUCCGUUCCCAGAGGUACGCAGAGGAUGUGACCGCGGCUGUGUCGGAGGCCAGAGAGAAACUACAGGACAAUCUGAGCGAGGAAUGGAGCAGGAUCGCACUGGCAGGGAUGGAAGAUGUUUUACCGCCACAGACCAGAACAGAUUUCCUCAAAUACUCGUGUGAAAUCACACUGGAUUACACCACAGCACAUAAACAUUCAACCGUUAGAGAUAGCCUACAGGUAGAAUGCAAUUAUAAUGCAUUUUUAUAUGGUGGUCACCCAGACAGCUUCACUGACUGGCGUCAGCAUUUGUGUAGACAAAUGCUGACUGGACGUUGUUACUGGGAGGUGAAGUGGAAUGGGCAAGGCGUUGUUGUAGCAGUCGCAUACAAGAGCAUGAGCAGGGCAGGAAGAGAGAGUGCAUUUGGAAACAACGACAAGUCGUGGGCACUAAAAUGUUUCCACGACGGUUAUGAAUUCAGACAUAACAACAUGAUAACCUCCCUCUCAGGCCCUCAGUCCUCCACAGUAGGAGUGUACCUGGACCACAGGGCAGGGAUUCUGUGUUUCUACAGCGUCUCUGAGACCAUGACCCUCCUCCACAGAGUCCAGACCACAUUCACUCAGCCUCUCUGUCCUGGAUUUGGUACUCACUUUAGUGGAGCCUCUGUUAAAAUCUGUGGAGCCUCAAACACACAACUAAUGUAGAGUUUCUGUAUGUAGCGUUCUUUCGCUUCUCAGCCAUGGUGGUUAUCACUGCUCAUGACGACCAGCGAGUUUUCAUCUUUUAAAAAACGUUUUUGUUAUUCGUCUUUCAAGUAAACAAUUACAAAAUAAAUACAAAAAUUGUAGUAAUUAAAUACAGAUACACAGAAAAUUGUGUGAGGGAUGGUGAUGCAAUAAAUAGAAUAUUAUUUUGGGACAUUUCUUGUUUUAAAUGUGUCGGGAAAUAAUAAGUAACUUAUGUUUUUAUUUUCUGUAAAUUAGUUAAGGAUUGUGGGAGACCUCUACAUUUUAAGGAGAGGCCAGCAUUGUGGGAUUUAAAAAUCAUAUUUUUGCCAAUAAAUAACUGAACAGAAUAAUUUAUAUUGCCAUAUAGACUUCUCUGAACAAACAUUGACCUGUUGUGAUGAUUGAGCCCCUCACCUGUUAUUUGGUCUGUAUAGUUUGAUGUUUGUUUGUAUUGUUGCUGUAAUCUUUUCAGUUCUCUGUUCAGCUGCAUGAGCCUUGAAGCACUUCUCCUUAUCACUGCAAUUUAAUAAAUCAAACAUAUUAAAACCCCUUCUGAGUCAAUCAAUGUUUUAAUAAUUGACAUCAACACUUCCCCAAAUACCUUAAAAAUGAACUGAGCCAAAAAAGCGAUUUUAUAUU